GAAGAGCCUGCCUUUUAAGGCCGUGUUUGGAUCCUACCGUCUUGCUGCUCCUACUAUUUAUUUACUUCCAGUUUUCAUGGCUGCUCAUUCUCAAAAACAACAACAGCAAUCUCGUAAACCUACUGAAGAAAUGACGAGGAAUCUUAAGGUGGAUCCUUCUCUGGAACUCUCGGAUUCCAAUACGGCCCCUUCAAACGAUGGGAGCCCAUCAGAUGCAACAUCGUGUAUAUCGUCGGCAGGAGAUGCAACGGGAAGUGUCAAAGAAGGUGGUGAUAUGGAUCAUGAGUCCAUGACGACGGAUCAGGCCUUCAUGAUGUAUCCUGCGGGGAGCUACUAUGGAUAUUACUAUCCAGGUUAUGAUGCUGCUGCUUUUGGAGGAGGGUCUUAUGACCAACUGUACUACGCUGCUGGCGAUGGAACCGAACUUCAAUACACUGCUACGCAAGCAGAUAAUGGGUCUUUGAUCUACUUCAUGCCGGGAAUACACCCUGCUUACAGCCCUUAUGUGCCCGUGAGCAUGAUUGGUGUCGAUGGACAAUUUGUUGCUCAACCACCAUAUUCACCAACCUCCGUGUUCCAACCUUCCAUCCCUUCCCCUGGAUACAUUCCAACUCCUGUUCCCUAUGGACAGUAUUUGCCAUACCUAUGGGAUCCGUCAGUUUAUGCUGGGGAUGGAACAUAUGGGAAUGGCUAUGGUGGAAUUCUGGAAAUUCCUAGCUCUAAACCAAACAUGUCUUCACCUAGUCAAGCUCGUGGUCCUCCAAAAAAGGCACUGCCUUGUGACUUGAGUAAAUCGUUGGAAACUAAGAACUCCCUUCCAACGUUGGAUGUCUCAUCAGGUCAUGGCAUACGUAACCAGUUAAAAUCAGUGGGCAAGGCUUCACAGCAUGCCUCUCCAUUCCCGUCAGAAGUAAUGGGCAAAGGGUAUUUUCCAUUUGCAAAGUUUCCACCUUAUAAUCCAGGGAAGGGGGCAAUGCUCUAUCCGAAUAGCACUACUAAAGUAAGUGCAAGGGGUUGGGGAAGCAGUGAAAAGCCAAAAACAAGAAGCAAGAUUAAUGGCAUCGAUGAUGCAUUGCCUAAUGAACAGAAUCAUGGUCCCAGGACAACCAAUGCAAAAGGUUCUGUGGUAUUUGGAGGUAAUGCUGCUGGAUCUUUGGCUCCCGAUGGGAACGGAAACAGUAACAGCAUAGCUUCAGUUAUUAGCAGGGAUCAAUAUAACCUUCCUGACUUUCCAACCAACUACGAUCAUGCAUUUUUCUUUGUCAUCAAAUCUUAUAUUGAAGAUGAUAUUCAUAAAAGCAUCAAGUACAAUGUGUGGGCCAGUACUCCUAAUGGAAAUAAGAGACUGGAUAGUGCAUAUCAAGAUGCACAACAGAAGAUAGCAGAGAAAGGCAACAGUUGUCCCGUGUUUCUUUUCUUUUCGGUUAAUGCAAGCGGCCAGUUCUGUGGAGUUGCAGAGAUGGUUGGCCGUGUUGAUUUCAAUAAAAAAAUGGAUUUCUGGCAACAGGACAAGUGGAAUGGUUAUUUCCCAGUCAAGUGGCAUAUCAUUAAAGAUGUUCCAAACCCACAGCUACGGCAUAUAAUACUUGAGAAUAAUGAGAACAAGCCUGUAAUUAAUAGCAGAGACACACAGGAAGUUAAAUUUCCUCAAGGUAUUGAAAUUCUGAACAUAUUCAAGAACUAUGUUUCAAAGACAUCAAUAUUGGAUGACUUCGAUUUUUAUGAGAGUCGCCAGAAGGUUAUUCAAGAGAAAAGACCAAGGCCAUUGACGCCCCAUUCUGAUCACAAACAGCAGAAAACAGAUGAUUUGAUUCCUGGUUUUCAGUCGAUGGAUAUAUCUACUACAAAAAACGUGGUCUCUACCCAGGUCGGAGACAACAUGAAAGAAUGACGGGAGAGAAGCCCUGAUGGACUCUGUUCCUAAAACCAGCAGUUGCAUUCGGAGCUGUGGAAAUACAGCCUAAUAUUGCCGAUGGAAAUGCCAUCUGGACGGGGAAAAGUUCAGAAAAAAAGACGAAGAUCCCUUGUUGUGCUUUACCGAGAGUUGACUAUUCCAGGAGUUGUCGCCUUGGCGACAAUCAAAACGGUUCCGUUUCUGUACCGAUAUGAGAAGCCCACCCCCCCACUAAUAGCAAGGGAAUUGGGAUAAUGAUGUAGUUGUAUGUUUUUUAUGUUUUUUCUCAAUUUGUUUUCACCCCC